CAAUUUUACGCUACUAAAUUUGAGCCGACAUAUGCUCGACAGGCCUUUCCCUGUUUCGAUGAGCCCAACCUAAAAGCAAAGUAUAGUAUAUCUAUUAUACACGACAAAGAUUUGAAUGCCAUCUCCAAUGGCGUGCAAACAGAGCGGACACUAUAUGACGAUAAGAGGGUUAAGACAGUGUUCAGUGAAACCGUGGAAAUGUCCACAUAUUUGGUGGCGUAUGUCAUCUCUGACUUCAAAUAUGUUGAGAGCGCCACACAAAGAGGCAAAAAGGUUCGGGUGUUUUCAAGACCUGAUGAGAUCGAGAAGACCCGAUACGCCCUCUCGACUACCAUUAAUAUUCUUGAAUACUAUGAGAAGUAUUUUGAAAUUGACUAUCCGUUGGAAAAAUUAGAUAUGGUGGCACUUCCGGUGUUUGUGUCGGGGGCGAUGGAGAACUGGGGUAUCAUUACAUUCAGAGAAACUGCACUUUUGUAUAGUGAAGAGUCUUCGAGUGCCAGCGAACAGAAACGGGUGGCCGGGGUUAUAGGGCACGAGUUGGCACACAUGUGGUUCGGCAAUUUAGUGACAAUGGACUGGUGGGACGACCUGUGGCUCAAUGAGGGCUUUGCCUCGUAUAUGGAGUACAGGGGCGAGAAUGCCACACAUCCCGAGUGGACGGUACAGGACUUCUUCCUGAACGAUGACAUGCAUGGAGUGAUGAGAAUCGACGCGUUGGACAGUUCGCACCCAAUCAUACAAGAGGUCACGAAUCCGGAUCAGAUCACAGAGAUAUUUGACUCAAUCAGUUAUAACAAGGGAUCUGCUGUCUUAAGAAUGCUUGAGUACGCCAUCGGCUCAGAUGUGUUCAGGAAAGGGAUAAUCGCUUAUCUGGAGGAAUACAAGUGGAAAAACGCUAAGACCGAAGACCUGUGGAAAUCAAUUCAGACAAUAGUGGAUGAGAAUCCGGGACAAAUCAAAAGUGUCAGCGGUUUUAUGGACCCCUGGACUAAAGUCAAAGGCUAUCCCGUAGUGACUGUCAAAAGGAGUUCAGACAAAUCAGAUGAAAUCACUUUAAGUCAACAAAUUUUUCUAUUAAGUACUGAUAAUCAGAAUAUCGUCACUAAAGACGAUUCAACUCUUUGGGACAUUUAUGUGACUUAUGUAUCGGAGAAGCAAUCGGGCAGUCAUUUACUCAACAAGCGUGAGGAGACCAUCAAAUUGAAUAGUAUAUUAUCUCCUGAUUCGUGGAUCAAAUUCAAUGACGAGGAAUACGGCUUUUAUAUCGUUAACUAUGAGGAGAAAGACUGGAAACUAUUAACUGAUUUAUUGAAGACUAAUAGAGAGGCCCUAUCGCCUGUAAACCGGGCGCACCUUAUUUUUGAUGCCUCCAUGUUGGCCGAGAGUGAACUCAUCCCUUACCAAACAUUUCUCAAUUUAAUCAGUUAUAUCAAGAAUGAAGACAAUCUGAUCCCAUGGAUGGCCGCUAUUAGUGCUAUCACUCGACUCAAUGAUAAACUCAGUUCUUCUACCGGAGGUCUAUCCGUAAAGCAAUACAAAAAUGAAUUGUCUGAAAAUAUCUAUUCAACUCUCGGUUGGGAAUAUAACGCCAGAAGUACUGAAAGUUUUCAGCAAAAACUGCUGAGGAAUCAGAUAAUAUCUCUGGCGUGCAGUAGUGGUAAUCAAGAUUGUCUUCAGGAGGCUUACAGUCGGUUCAAAAACUUUGUGACAACCGGUGAGCCUAUCGGUGCGGACAUCAGGGAAUACGCGUACGAGUAUGGGAUGCAAGUGAGCAAAGAUGACAACGACUGGAACCAUGUGUUGGAUUUGUGGCGGACGGAUGUGUCCGCCUCUGAGAGAUCUAAACUACUCAAUGCAUUGACCAGUGUUUCCGACUCUCAAUUGCUCUCAAAAUUGAUAUCAUAUACGAACGACCCCUCCAUAGUCAAUGACCAGGACUUCUUCAGUGUCCAGCAGAGUAUUGCCGGCAAUAGUCUUGUGGGACAGCAAUUGGUUUGGAAUUACAUGAGAGACAACUGGAAGAAUUUGGUCGAGAGAUUCACUAUUAAUGACCGCCGAUUGGGUUCUUAUAUAUCAUCGACACAACAAAAGGAAAUGGAGAUAUUCUUUGCGGAUAACCCGGAAUCGGGUGCCACUCAGAACGCCCGAAAUCAGGCACUGGAAAGGGUAAAGAAUAACAUAAAAUGGUUGGAAACCCAUGAGAGUGAUGUGGUGAUCUGGUUGGACGAAAACAGCCAGUUAAACAACCCAUGGCUUAACUGGCGAUUGGAUUCACAAAUCAUACCAGAGGCUUAUAAAGUUGAUUGGGAUGUGGAUCUGGUUAGCGAUACAUUUAAGGGCGCCGUUAGAAUCGAAGUGAAUGUCAAGAAACCUAUAAAUAAUUUUAUACUUCACGCAAAAGAUCUGACAGUAACGGCGGCCAAAGCAUAUUCUGGAGACAUAAAUAGUCCCGAUGAAAAUUCCCUGAAUGAAAACAUCAAUCAUUUUUAUUACCCGGACAAUGACUUCUUAAUAAUACCCACCGAUUCGACUAUAAGGUCCGGUAUCUACCACUUGAACAUUGAAUUCAAUGGCAAACUGAGUACUGGACUGAACGGACUUUACAAGAGUGUCUAUACCGAUGCUAAUAAUGAGCAGAAAGGGUUGGCCACCACUCAGUUCCAGUCGACAUAUGCCCGGAAAGCCCUUCCCUGCUUCGAUGAGACACAGUUUAAGUCCACUUUUGAUAUUACUGUCACUCACUCCACACAAUACAAUGCCAUCUCUAAUAUGCCGGUCGUCGGGACCACAGAUACUGAUGGAAAAAGAGUGACAAAAUUCAGUGUAUCUGAGAAGAUGGUCACAUAUUUGGUGGCACUAGUAGUCAGUGAGUUUGAAUGCUUCCCCAGUGGACAGGACUCGCGAGUACAGGUGUGCGGCGCACCGGGUAAUGAGGCCAAACUGGGCUACGCUUUGGACAGAACCCCUAAAAUACUUGAAUAUUACGAAAAGGAUUAUUUUAAAAUAAAGUAUCCUUUGCCUAAAUUGGAUAACAUAGCAAUACCUGACUUUAGUGCCGGUGCGAUGGAGAACUGGGGUUUAGUUACUUAUAGAGAAAUAUAUCUGUUUUAUGACGCGAUGGAGUCCACCACAAGGGAUCAGAUGAGAGUCUGUAUGAUCAUUGCACACGAAUUGGCACAUAUGUGGUUCGGGAAUCUGGUGACAACCAAAUGGUGGGACGACUUGUGGUUAAACGAAGGCUUUGCAACGUUUAUGUCAUACAAAGCUGUGGGACAGGUAGAGAAGGACUGGAAAUAUGAGGAUAUUAUAGCAUUAGAUGAGUUGGCCCGGGUGUUUGAGGCCGACUCUACACCCAAUACUCACCCAAUCCUGGCCUCCGUUCAGAACGCAGACGAUAUCUCUUCAGUCUUUGAUGCCAUCACUUAUGGAAAGGGUGCUGCAAUCCUGAGAAUGUUGGAAACAGCAUUAGGUGCCCAAUAUUUUCAGACAGGUAUUCAAAACUAUCUGGAUACAUACCAGUAUAACAACACAUUGACGGCUGACCUCUGGGAAAAGUUGACUGAUGCCAACCCACAAAGAUUAAAUGUUUCUGAAAUAAUGGACACUUGGGUUAGAAGAAAGGGGUUUCCAGUGGUGACCGUCACUCGAAGCACCAGUGCCUCCAAUAAAGUUACUCUUAAACAAGAAUUGUUUCUUAAAGACUCGAAAACUUCGGAAACAAACUAUAUCUGGAAAAUCCCGAUCACUUACAAAGCACUGGGAGGCGAGACAUACACCGAAUGGUUAGAGGAAAGUGAGAAAACUGUUGAAUUGAAAACUUCAUCAGAUUUAGUGAAGUUAAAUGUGGAUCAAACGGGUCUUUAUAUCGUUAACUAUCCGACGAGUGAUUGGAAGAAUUGGGCCCAAGAAUUGUCUGAUGAGAAAAGUGUUGUAUUGAGCCAAUUGUCACCAUUAGAUCGAUCGGCACUAAUCAAUGAUGCCUUCUAUUUGGCCAGAAGUGGACGACUUGACUAUCAAAUAGCAUUAGAUUUGUCUAAAUAUCUCAAACGCGAGGACUCAUUGAUCCCAUGGACUACCGCACAGACUAUGUUUUCAUUCAUAAAGACCUUAACAUCUCCCGACUCUGGGAUUGCUUUCAAUUACUACAUAAACGAUAUCAUUAGCACCCAAUACGACAAACUGGGCUGGGAGGAAAAGGAUGAAGACCAAGCUCAAAUCAAAAGGCUUCGUACAGUAGUGUUGGACAUUGCGUGUGGCUAUCAAAAGACAGAGUGUUUGCAAACAGCAUCACAAAAGUUUAAUGAAUGGAAAGGAGGGGCUACCAUUGUUCCCAAUUUGUUGUCACUGGUGUUGAAAUAUGGUAUACGACAGAGUAGUACCGCCGAUGAAUUCAAUUAUUUGUUAGAUAAAUACCAGAAAACCAAUUCAGCACAAGAAAAGUUGCUUUAUUUGCAGGGAUUAACCGCCACUUCUAAUCCAGAUCUCAUCAAACAUCGGUUGGGAAGAGAUUUGGUUUGGGAUUACUACCGACAGAAUUACGAUAAAAUUGUUGAAAUAUUCACGAUUAAUAGCUCUAAUUUGGGUCGAAUUGUAUAUUCAUUGAGCACUCAAUUUACUGACGAUAAACAAAAGGAAGAGGUAUUGGAUUUCUUCAAGUUAUACCCAAAUGCAGGCGCCGGUAAACUGGACAGAGAGAAGGCUAUUGAAGUAUUGGACACAAACAUCCAAUGGAUUAAGAAUUAUAAAUCAGUUUUUGUCGAAUGGAUUACAACCCUAUGUCCCAAAGAGACCUGUCCCUGGAUUGUAUACCGUCUCGACCGACAAGUGGUUCCCGAUUUAUAUACUCUUAAACUACAAGUGAAUACUGAGACAAAUCUAUUUAACGGAAGCGUUGAGAUCGAUGUGACCACACAGAAGGACCUUGAUUACUUUAUAGUUCACGCCGCAGACAUACUGAGCAUCAAAGAAACUCGAGUCGAACAAAAUGGUAAUAAAGUGGCCGUAAAGGAAACCUUCCGCUAUUCUCCCCUUCAGUUCUUUGUGAUCAGACUGACUGAAAAGGCGGCGCCCAAUAAAUAUAAGUUGAUCUUUGACUACGAAUCCAAUCUACUUCUGGGCGGUCUGUCCGGUCUCUAUAGGAGUUCCUAUGAGAGGGACGGCAAGACCAUAGGUUUGGCGGCCUCUCAGUUCCAGUCGACGUCUGCCCGCAAAGCAUUUCCCUCUUUCGAUGAGCCCUCCUUUAAACCGGAGUUCGACAUCACUAUAAUCCACGACAACGCCAACACUCUCACCGUCACUAAUAUGGAUACCAAAGAAAUCCAAGCGGACUCUCCUUUCACCGGCUGGACUACCACUACAUACAAUCGCACACCAAAGAUGGUCACCUAUUUGGUGGCUAUUAUGGUCAGUGACUUUGUCUGUCGGUCAGACACACAGAGCUUUGGCUAUAAGAUCCACGUGUGUGCCUCUCCUGUCAAAGAAUACAAACUUCAAUACGCUUUGGAUAUGACACCCAAAGUGUUUAAACAAUUUGAAACCUACUUAGACUACCCGUACACUCUCCCUAAGUCCCAUUUGGUGGCCAUCCCCGACUUCAGUGCCGGUGCGAUGGAGAACUGGGGUUUAGUUAAGUUCAGAGAGACUGCACUUCUGUGGACACCCGAAGAGGACACGAGUGCCACCAAAAUGAGUGUCACGUCUAUUAUAGCUCACGAAUUGGCACAUAUGUGGUUUGGAAAUCUGCUGACCUGUGAAUUCUGGGGCGACCUGUGGCUCAAUGAAGGUUUUGCAUCAUUUAUGGAAUACACGGCCACUGAUGCUGCCGAACCUGAUUGGGAAUACUGGGAUCUCUUCGUGUAUUACGAUCUGUCGAGUGCUGUCUCCGCCGACUCGACCGAGUCUUCGCAACCUAUUGUCCGCACUAUAGAUAAACCAUCGGAUAUGUCAUAUUCCAGUGCUAUUGUCUAUAAUAAAGGCUCAACAGUGAUCCGAAUGAUGGAGUUUGCAAUGACUGAUAAAUCUGGAAAAUCCGGAUUUCAAGAGGGAAUCCGAAACUAUCUUAAGAAAUAUGAAUAUCAGACAGUUAUCACUGAGAACUUAUGGCAAUACCUCAAUGAGACUAUUCCUCAAGACCUGGACACAGAUAUGUAUAAGUUGAUGGAUAACUGGGUGCGAGAGGCUGGCUUCCCCUACAUUAAUAUAACUCGUGAUGAUGCCGAUCCCAAUACAUUUACUAUAACUCAGGAGAGAUUCCUAUCAAAUGGUGAUACGCCUAAAAAAGACACAAUCUGGCAAAUUCCACUCUCAUACUAUAAUACUGCUGACUUGGAAGGCAUAAAAGUAACAGUACUUAAAGACAAAACACAGACAAUCACUCUCGAAGAUAUUGACACAAACCUCAACGGUUUAAUCAAGUUUAACGCCGACUACAGGGGCAUGUAUUUUGUGAACUACCCCAUCGAUGACUGGACCAAAUGGGGCGAUGCUUUAGUGAAGAAUACGGAUAAUAUUUUAGGGAAGCUGACACCUGGUGACCGUGCUCAAUUUAUUUUAGACGCUUUCUAUUUGGCAAAAGCCGAUAAACUACCUCUCCUUAUGGCAUACAAUAUCUCUAAAUAUCUCGUAAAUGAACCACACUUUACCCCCUGGUCUAUGUACAGGAGUAUGUUUGAUCAGGAUACCAGGGACAGGCUCUCAAUGAGUCAGUACAGGGAUAGUUUGAAUUUGUAUUUGAAUUAUUUGACACAAAAACAAUACACCCGAUUGGGAUGGGAUGAUAACCAGGGCAAUGACUCCAUCAAACGGUUGAGGGCUUUGAUUGUGGAGAUGAGUUGCGACAGCGGAUCCCAACAGUGUCUCGAAGACGCCUACAAAGAGUUCACAAAAUGGAAAUCCACUCAAAAAUUGAGUCCUAAUCUGGCGUCAUAUGUGCUAUCAUUUGGCAUAAGACAGAGCACUGGUUCAGAAGAUUUUGAAUUUGUUUGGGAGACAUACCUUAAAACAGACAAAACCAACAAUUUUAAACAAAGUUAUAUAAACUCUCUCACAAAGACUAAGGACCCGGAACUAUUGAAAAAUCUUUUAGAGCGAUCUCUAGACGACAGAAAGGUGUCGGUGUCUCACUUCACAAGUGUAUUGUCAGAAAUGGCAAAAACUCCCGAAGGCUUACCCGUUGUCUGGGAUUUCUUCACAAGUAAUUACGAAAUGCUUACUCGAAAACUCAGUUCAAACGACUUGUCCAACGCUUUCAAUAAUAUUAUCAAAUACUUCGGAGAUGUUGUCAAACGAAGUGAAGUGGAUACAUUUUUAAAACUCUAUCCAAACGUCGGUCUAUCCAACACUACUCGUGACAAUGCAUUGAAACGAAUCCAAACUAAUAUCGAUUGGAUUUUCGAAAAAAGCGAUACAAUUGGCCAGUGGUUGGCACAGAAUGGGUGCGGCGAUGAGGACUGUCCGUGGAGUGUAUACCGACUCGACGCCAAUGUUAAGCCAAUCAAAUACAAGCCCACAAUCCAAGUGAAUGUCACCACAAAUGUCUACAACGGAAGUGUCGAGAUUGAAGUGGAGGCCAAGUUUGCCGUCCAGUACUUCAUAGUCCACGCCUCCUCUAUACUCAAUGUCACCAAAAGUCAAGUGUUUCUCAAAUCAAGUAAUACAGAGAUUCCUGUCGUUAAGACAUUCCGCUAUAAACCGCACGACUUUUGGGUCAUCCAAUUGGCACAACCUGUCGAAGCAAAUACCUAUCGACUGGUGUAUGAAUUUGAAGGCAACCUACUUCUGGGCGGACUGUCCGGACUCUACAGAAGUAGUUACGUGAACGAAGACAAUGAGACGGUAGGGCUGGCGUCCACUCAAUUCGAGUUCACAGACGCCCGCAAAGCCUUCCCCUGUUUUGAUGAGCCGUCGUUUAAGUCCACGUUUGAGGUGACGAUAAUACACGACAAACACAUGAAGACAACCCUUUCCAAUAUGGAUAUUAAACAAGAGACCACUGACCCGGACACUGAUUGGGUGACCACUGAGUAUAACGAGACUCCUGUCAAUAUGGUUACCUAUUUGGUGGCAAUGGUUGUCAGCGAUUUUGACUGCAAAACCGAUACAGUCGAUGGGUGUUCUGACCCGGACACUGAUUGGGUGACCACUGAGUAUAACGAGACUCCUGUCAAUAUGGUUACCUAUUUGGUGGCAAUGGUUGUCAGCGAUUUUGACUGCAAAACCGAUACAGUCGAUGGUAAGGGUGUAGGUGUGUGCGCCUCACCCGUCCAAAGCCAUAAACUGGACUUCGCAAUGGACUCAACGAAGAAAUGUUUGAAUUAUUUGGCUAAAGUGUACACUGGAAUAGACUACCCGUUGCCUAAAGUAGAUAUGAUAGCCAUCCCUGACUUCUCGUACGGAGCGAUGGAGAACUGGGGUUUAGUCACCUUCAGAGAGAUGAGACUCGUUUGGAGCGACGAAGACAGCACUUCCGCCAAUAAGAUGUCUGUGUUGGCGGUUAUCGCUCACGAGUUGGCACACUUUUGGUUUGGAAAUCUGGUGACAUGCGAGUGGUGGUCAGACUUCUGGCUCAACGAGGGUUUCGCCACUUUCUUUGAGUAUAAAGCCGUAGCCGCGAGUCAACCCGAUUGGAAAUAUGAAGAAUUAUUCCUAAUAUCCGAUUAUAUGACGGCUUUGAAUGCGGACUCAUUAGAGACAUCGCAUCCAUUGGUGAGGGAAGUGAAGACACCUCAAGACGUUAUGCAAUACUCCAGUUCUAUAGUCUAUUCAAAGGGCUCGACUGUAAUACGAAUGCUUGAGUUUGUUAUUAAUCUGAAAACUCCGGAUAACUUCCAGAAAGGAAUCCAAAAUUAUCUCAAUACUAAUAAAUACCAGAAUGUUGUCACUCAAGAUCUCAUGUUUGCAUUGAAAACGUUUUACGAAACUGAUUUUCCAUCUCCAAAUCCAAUUCUUGACGAUUUAAUGGAGUCGUGGACCACAAAAGCAGGCUUUCCUUAUAUUAAUAUAACUAAAGGAACGGGAAAUACAUAUACUCUAAAACAAAGCAGAUUCUUGUCUAAUGGAAAAUCAGACGAAACAGAGCUUCACAAGAUUUAUAAACAAAAGGAAGAGGUAUUGGAUUUCUUCAAGUUAUACCCAAAUGCAGGCACCGGUAAACUGGACAGAGAGAAGGCUAUUGAAGUAUUGGACACAAACAUCCAAUGGAUUAAGAAUUAUAAAUCGGUUUUUGUCGAAUGGAUUACAACCCUAUGUCCCAAAGAGAUCUGUCCCUGGAUUGUAUACCGUCUCGACCGACAAGUGGUUCCCGAUUUAUAUACUCUUAAACUACAAGUGAAUACUGAGACAAAUCUAUUUAACGGAAGCGUUGAGAUCGAUGUGACUACAGAGAAGGACCUUGAUUACUUUAUAGUUCACGCCUCAGACAUACUGACCAUCAAAGAAACUCGAGUCGAACAAAAUGGUAAUAAAGUGGGGGUAAAGGAAACCUUCCGCUAUUCUCCCCUUCAGUUCUUUGUGAUCAGAUUGUCUGAAAAGGCGGCGCCCAAUAAAUAUAAGUUGAUCUUUGACUACGAAUCCAAUCUACUUCUGGGCGGUCUGUCCGGUCUCUACAGGAGUUCCUAUGAGAGAGACGGUAAGACCAUAGGUUUGGCGGCCUCUCAGUUCCAGUCGACGUCCGCUCGCAAAGCAUUUCCCUCUUUCGAUGAGCCCUCCUUUAAACCGGAGUUCGACAUCACUAUAAUCCACGACAACGCCAACACUCUCACCGUCACUAAUAUGGAUACCAAAGAAAUCCAAGAGGACUCUCCUUUCACCGGCUGGACUACCACUACAUACAAUCGCACACCAAAGAUGGUCACCUAUUUGGUGGCUAUUAUGGUCAGUGAUUUUGUCUGUCGGUCAGACACACAGAGUUUUGGCUAUAAGAUCCACGUGUGUGCCUCUCCUGUCAAAGAAUACAAACUUCAAUACGCUUUGGAUAUGACGCCCAAAGUGUUUAAACAAUUUGAAACCUACUUAGACUACCCGUACACUCUCCCUAAGUCCCAUUUGGUGGCCAUCCCCGACUUCAGUGCCGGUGCGAUGGAGAACUGGGGUUUAGUUAAGUUCAGAGAGACUGCACUUCUGUGGACACCCGAAGAGGACACGAGUGCCACCAAAAUGAGUGUCACGUCUAUUAUAGCUCACGAAUUGGCACAUAUGUGGUUUGGAAAUCUGCUGACCUGUGAAUUCUGGGGCGACCUGUGGCUCAAUGAAGGUUUUGCAUCAUUUAUGGAAUACACGGCCACUGAUGCUGCCGAACCUGAUUGGGAAUACUGGGAUCUCUUCGUGUAUUACGAUCUGUCGAGUGCUGUCUCCGCCGACUCGACCGAGUCUUCGCAACCUAUUGUCCGCACUAUAGAUAAACCAUCGGAUAUGUCAUAUUCCAGUGCUAUUUAU